CCCGCACAGAGGGCUGAUAUCCCUGAACCCGGCCGGGUCAUCCUUCCGGGGCCACUGCCUGCCCGCCUACUAGAGUGGCCCGAGUUUCUUUCGGUUUUGUCCGAUAGUCUGGGCUGCCCCUCGACCGACGGACUGGCGUGGGGUGAAGGAGCUCCGCCCUCGGGGGGUUCCUCGCCGUGGGAGGCGGGCGCGGCGCGGGCUCCCCGCCACGGACGGUCGGUUCGGGAGGCGCGAGCCCGGUGAACGAGGCACUGCCACCUCGCGCCCACUCCCCGGCGGAGCUGGGCAUCGCGGCCACCGCCACCUGCAGAACCUCCGGCUGGCGGGUGAGGAAGCGAAAGCAAUCGACGUCGCUGGGUGGCCUUGUGCCCUGCAAACUCUGCAGAGCCCGGCGAUGGGGCCGGGCUGGGGACUCGCGCUCCCCGUGCUCUUCGUGCUGGCGCUGCUGACCCAGUCAGGUGAUGGCAACGAGGGCAGUACCACGGGAAGUUGUGUGUGUCUUAGCAGAUUUCAUGGCACCCUCUCACCGAAUAAAAUGGCUUAUCUCCGAAAACACCUGAAAGUAUACAAUCGCUGUCAGGGCUACAUCAGGUUCCAGGUAAAGGCCCAGAGUGUGUGUGGGAGCAACAGAGACCCGUGGGUUCUUGAUUUGGUGAGCUGCUUUGAUCGCAAAGAGUGUGGAUAUGAUCACUGGAAGAGUUCCCAUCACCAGGGGCAUUUGCUCCCUUCCAGCACCCAGCUUUCUGAGCUCACAGAGGAGGCACUUCCGGAUAUGAGCAGCCCUGCAGAGAUUUUGAGUACCCAACAACCCACCCUUCCCUCAGGAGAAAUGUCUUUGGACAAAGAGCUCACCCACACCCACCUCAGGGAAACCACCACUAUCAUUUCUGGCCAUAGUCUAGAAGCUGGGUCUGACGCCAGGGCCAAUGAGCAACAGAAGGAAGAUAAACAGCAGGAAAAAAAGUCAGGAGCUGCAGCAGGAACAUCAGCCAUGGUGUCAGUGCUGUCCCUCAUGGCCAUCGUCUUCCUCCUCACCAUAGUCCUUGUCUAUGUGUUGUGCCAGAGAAGGAAACAGUCACAACAGAACUUUCCAGAUAUACAGUUCUAUUAUACACCUGUGACACAAGACUACAAUACCUGAACCAAGAAUGGAAGCUCAUGAGAACUGACUUGGAUAGUGAGCAAUCAGGGUGUUGUGCAGGCUGGGCAAGCUCUACCAAUGAACUAAUCCUCAGCCCAGGCUUUAAGAAUUUUUUUUGAGACACGCAGCCCUAGCCAGCCUUCAAUUUACAGAGAUCCAUCUGCCUCUGCUUCUGUUUCUGCCUCUGCCUGCUCAGUGCUGGGAUUAAAGGCAUACACCACCACACUCAGCCAACCCAGGCUUUUUUUUUUUUUUAAUUUUUAGUUUUGAGACCAAGUAUUUUUAUGUAAUCUAGGGUGAUUUUGAAUUCUUGAUUCUUCUGCCCCCCACCUCCUAGGCUCUGAGAUGGUAUGCUACCAUAUCUGCUUUGAUUCUGUAUCUAAUGUAAAAUUCUUUUGAGUUUUUUUUAUUAUUAUACUUGAGACCAGGCUUACUUCAAAUGCAGAAAUCUGCCUGCCUUUGCCUCUUGAAUGCUGAGAUUAAAGGGUGUUCUUACCAUGGCCUGCCCUUUUUUGCCAGGGUCUCAUGUCAUCUAAGCUUGACUCCCAGUGUCUGAGGAUGACUCCUCUACAGGGCUGGUAUUACAGACUUGCUAAUUAGUAGCUCCACUGGCCUUAGUCCCUUCACAUCUAAAAUUUAUGGUCUAUGGUCUGGAGGUGUAGCUCUGUGAUACGGUGUUUGCCUAGCAAGGGUCAAAUCUCAGCACUGCAACAAGUAAAUAAAUUUUAAAGUGUCUGGUUUUAUACUGUAUAACAAUAACUUGGACAAAUUCUAUUUGUAUUUAACUAUAAUACUAAAAAUUAUUUAUAGAA